AUGGCCGUUGGUGCUGGUUUGACAGCUAGUCAAAAUAUGGGCCAUCAUCAGGGAUACAAUGACUUUCAAUUAGAUUUUCUAGAACUUCCAGGGUCCUCAAUUAGAAACUUCAUCAGUGAUGGACAUUUUCAGAACUUUCAGGGUCCUCAACUAGGAUCUUCAUCAGAGAUGGACAUUAUCGGAGACGAAUCCAGAAAGAAACGUGGCAGGACGAGGAAAAAACAACCGACUUUAUGUGACACCUGUGGUAAAUCUUUUAGAUACUCCAGUGAACUUACUCGGCACAAAAGAACUCACUCAGGCUUAAAACCACACGCUUGUUCCAUUUGUGAAUUCAGAUUUACAGAAGCCUCACAACUCAAAAGGCAUCUACUUCGCCACACUGGUAUCAAGCAGCAUAAAUGUCCGAUUUGUAACAAAGCCUUUGCAGAGACGACCAAUGUGAGGAAGCAUAUUCGAGCUGUUCACAAUGUGGAGAAGAAUUUAGAGUGUUCGGAGUGCAAGAAAAUGUUUUAUAUGUCUUCGCAGUUGAAAGUUCAUAUGAGGACUCAUACUGGGGAAAAGCCUUAUUGUUGUACUAUGUGUCCUCAGAAGUUUUCGCAUAAGAAUAGUUAUACGAGGCAUUUGAGGGUGCACUCAGGAGAACGCCCGUACUGUUGUAGUGAUUGUGGAUCCAGUUUUAGUGAUUCCGCAAAUUUCCGUGCACAUAUUCGUCUUCACACCGGAGAAACUCCUUAUAAGUGCCCCAUUUGUAAUAAGGGCUACGCACAGAAUAGUAACCUCAAGAGCCAUAUGAAACAACACAAAAAAUAGAUGCGUACUUAU